UUUAAGAGAUAGGGUCUCUAGAACUAUUUGCCCAGAGCUGACUUCCAACCUGAUCCUCCUGAUCUCUGCCUCCUGAGUAGCUAGGAUUAAGAGGUGAGAAACUAUGUUGAUUUUAAUGGAGGUGGGUACCUUGUGAGUUGGGACGUUUUAAUGAUAUUCUCUCAGGGACCUGUGAUCUCUUUCUCCAUUUUAGGCGCCCUUUGCAUAUUCCUGUCCUCAUAGCGAACUGGUACCUGUUACUGGGAGGGGAUUUUCCAGGAAAACCAGCUCAUUUUUCUCUCCCACCUCACUCCCACUCUGCUACUCCCUGAGGGGAGUCCCAUGGGGGAAGGUGAAGUUAUCAGCGCAGAGCCCCUUUGGACAGCCCUUUCCUUAUGCUGAUUGUGGAAUCUCUGGAUUUUGUUUUAGGAGGAAAUCACCCCCCUUCCAAUUCCUUUUCAUAGCUUUCAUACCUUAGAUGGCAGAAACAAAACUUAUUUAUUUUUCAAUAAUUAUUGCAGCCAAAGCUACUAUAAAUCUCAUAUUUUCUAGGAAAAUUUAAGUAUUGUCUCUUUCAGUCCGGAAAACAAUCAUCCUGCUGCUCGUGAGUGUGAAUUGUGGUGAUCAACCACUGGGGCUCACCAGCUCCUGGAGCCUAGAACUGAAUGUUCUGUAAAUGGUUUCGGUUGAUGCUGCCACUUUUCUGUGGAUCUGAAAGAGUUCCCAGAGAGGCUGCCUCUUUUUAUGGUGCCUGAGCGGCAACCCUAUGCUACUGUUCAGAAGUCCACCUGAGGAAAGAGAGAUUUAAAGUUAUGUAGAGGCAACAGAGAUUUCUAAGAUUUUUUUUUUUUUUCUUUUUGGUAGGCUGAUAAAGAAGGGUAAGAGAAACAGAAGAUACAGGCCGUGGAGGAGUGUGUGUUAGCCCUUGGGACUCCAGCCAGAUACUGGUGCACAUAAAUUGGGGGGAGACAGUGGCUUGUUACUAUUCAAAACGCUGUUCACAUUUAAUUGUCAGCGAAAAGCAUUUCAUUUUCAAGGUCUAGGCCGGUGGAGGUGGGGUGGGAGAGAGCUUCAAAAUUCAGUGUGUAUUUCCACAGUGGCAGCAGGGAAAUGUCCAGUGUCUCACCGGGUAGGCCCCUUCCCUCAGGGCGAAGGACACAGGGAGGGACGGGAGGCGGGAGGGAGAGCUGGGGGCUGCGUCACGUCACCCAUGUUUUCCAGGCUGUCAGUCUCCCAGUGUCCCCAGCUUCCCAGGUAGGGACGCCCCCUCCCACGCAGCGCGGUUCCGGCGGGUGGGGAGGAGGGGCUGGGCUCCGAGCGCCGCCCCUCUACCUAUCACAUGGCCGGAGAGUCACAAAAACAACAGCUUUGGCCAAGACCGUGACUUCAGGAGAGGGAACCCAGGCCCUCGCCGCCAGCACCCUUCCCAUGGAGGACAGUUUCCUUGAAUCCUUUGGGAGGCUGAGCCUCCAGCAGCAGCGGCGGCAGCAGCAGCCGUCGCCUCGGCCGCCGCCCCCGCGGGGGACCCCUCCGCGCCGCCACAGCUUUAGGAAACACCUCUACCUCCUGCGAGGCCUUCCGGGCUCGGGGAAAACCACACUGGCCAGAAAAUUGCAACAUGACUUCCCCAGGGCCCUGAUUUUCAGCACGGAUGAUUUUUUCUUCAGGGAAGAUGGUGCCUAUGAGUUCAACCCUGACUUCUUGGAGGAAGCUCAUGAAUGGAACCAAAAAAGAGCAAGAAAAGCAAUGAGGAAUGGCAUAUCCCCCAUUAUUAUUGAUAAUACCAACCUGCACGCCUGGGAAAUGAAGCCCUAUGCAGUCAUGGCACUUGAAAAUAACUAUGAAGUUAUAUUCCGAGAACCUGACACUCGCUGGAAAUUCAACGUUCAAGAGUUAGCAAGAAGAAACAUUCAUGGAGUCCCAAGAGAAAAAAUACACCGAAUGAAAGAACGGUAUGAACAUGAUGUUACCUUUCACAGUGUACUUCAUGCAGAAAAGCCAAGCAGAAUGAACAGAAACCAGGACAGGAAUAAUGCAUCACCCUCCAAUGGUAUGGGAUACUGGAAUACCUACGCAGAGUUUCCAAACCGGAGGGCUCAUGGCGGCUUUGCAAAUGAGAGCUCCUUUAACAGAAGGGGUGGUUGUCACCAUGGCUAUUAGAAGCCUAUCGUACAACCAUUCAGAAUUUUCCUAAAUAAGUUUUUACUUCCAUUUUUGGUAUUUAUUUUUUGUUCAGUUUCAGUCAGAGCUCUAAUUCCAGUGUAAAUAGUUGAACCCAAAGUUUCUGAGCAGAGGUCGUCAUAUUAUCUUCAACAAGCAUUGUUAAAGUGCGCCCAUAUGCAUGGUGUGCUGGGGACUCUGCAGAUUGCAUUAAAGUGUCUUCUCUGUUGGGAGAGAAUUAAUUUGGAACUGAAAUCCAAGAACAUAAUCAGUUAGCCACAUAGGCUCGUAAAUGAAACAGCGUUCUUAUACAUAAGCUGUAGUAACACUGCCUCUGAAGUAAUCCAUUAAGUUUUUCAGGAAAUUCAUCUUCACCAGGGAAGCUGGAGAGAUUGGAGAGUCAGGAAAUGUUGUAAUCUAUCCAAAACUGUGAGUUGUGUGACUAAUGAUACUGAUUUUCCUUUAAAACUAAUACAUCCGGGAAUAAUGUCCUUCAAAGUGGACACUUUUAAGAAGUUAUUCCUUUAUUUUAAUGAUGUAUAAUUGUUAAAAACGUCAAAUCCUUAAUAACUACACAAGCUGCUAAGGAAAAUCAGUGUCAUUAUUUAAAUUCACACUUUAUGUUUAACUAAAAGGAUCAAACUUAACUUUUGGUCAUCAUUUAAUAGUGUAAAUAAUAUAAACCUGCCUCCGUAAGAACACCAGUUUUUAAGGGAAAUAAUUAAAUGAUUCCUAAAGUUAUGCCUAUAAACAUAUUUAAUUAGUUGGCAAACCAAAUGUUUUGGAGUGCAAGGAAUUAAGCAGUCCAGGAUACAGAUCAUCGUUGGCAUGUAGCACCAUGUCACUGAGGGGCGCGCAGUGCUGAUGUUUUAUGUGGCAUUGGAUAGCAAAGCUCUGUCACCAUUCUGACAUGUCCCUCAUAUUAAUACUGAAUUUACAAAUCCAAAUUAAAUUCCAGUAGGUUCAGAUUGGGUUAAUUUGCUUUAAGACAAUGGUAAGCAAGACCAUGUAGAUUGUAUGCUCUGUUCUUGGCCAACAGCUUCUUUCUAAUGUUCGUGAAAUAUUAUUUUAAGUGUCUUAUAUAAUGGUGCUUUUAUGGUUAUUAAAAUUGUAUAUGGUGUUGCAUUUAAUGGGUUUGUCAUUGAAUUUUUUUUGGCUCAACAAUAAAAAUAGAUU